AUGUUCUUCUGCGCAGGCUUGGAUGGGGCUCCCUUUGCGUCGGUAGGCAGAUACACUGUUCUCCUUUUGCUGAAUCCCUCAGCUGAUGUGUCAUGGGCAGCCGGUGGCGGUGCAUACUAUUUCGCCAAACAGCAAAUCCGGGCUGAUCGCCAAGCCAAACUCGACGCGCACCACAAGAAAAUAGCGGCCAACAAGGCCCUGGAGUUCGAAGCGGCCGUGGCUUCUACCGGCGCUGGAACGAGCAACGGUGGCCCUGCAAGGACUGACAAUGCCGGUUCGCCGAGCCAGGAAGCCAGCAACGAUCCCGCGGCCACGAGGCAUGCGCCGGCGACAGAGUCCCAGCGCGUAACCGAGAAAAGCAAAUACGAGAGCGAUACGCCGUAUCGAGCUCGUAAAGGGGACAGAUUCAGCUAG